AGGAAAGAAACAUAAGAAACGAACUUCUUCGUCUCCUCGACUUGGCUUUCCAGAUCUAACAAAUUCCCAGGCUUGUUGCUGGCACCGCCGCCGGCCGUGGGAAGGCACGAGUGACGAGCUCCAUUAGCGACGAUUUUGCUGCUCUUCAUUGCUGCACAAUUGACAUUGCUCCUCUUCGUGGCUCGUCGUUUUCGAGAUGUCUGACCUGGAGAACCAUAUCCACUUUUCAAGAAACACACCGGUCCCCGUCAUACAAUUGACGAUUGAUGAGAUUCGAACUGACCCGCCAUUCGAGAAAAGAAGCGGCAGCCAACUGGCCUCUCCGAUGAGACCACGGUCUUCCCAGUCUAACUGAUCUGCGGAAUUCAGCUUGUUGACCAGACUUAGACCGUCUCAACCUUCAUUCGUGCGGGGAGAGAGAUACUUCAGGUGACUCCACUAUGGCCAGGUUUCAGUUUGCCCUGCUGAUUAGGCAUGGACUACCCAUGUGAAGCCAUCAAUCAUAGUCCAAGUUGCCUUGUUCUGGUGGCGGUGGAAGCCAAUUACUCUCCUUCUCUAUUCUUGCAGCCAUUUUUUUUCCUGUCCAAGUUGCUCCACUUCCUGAGAAUUUUUUAGUGCGAGUAUUGCUGAGUCCACCAAGGGUUUUGGGUUUGAAGACGAGGUUAUUUCUGCUUUUCCGGAUAUUACAGAUCACAGUCGACACUAGUUCGAAAACUGGUGCAUUUCUUUCUUCCGUAUGCAACUAACCAAACCAUUCUUUGAUUCUGGAGACUUGAUAGUGCAAAAUCUUGAUUUUUUAUUGUUAGGUGAUUUGACUGAAUUUCCUGCUGAAAGAAGGGGAAAAAUUGGGAAAAUUUGAUAGUACGAGAUGACAAGUAAAGCUCGGAGAUGGAUUUUGGGGUUGAUAUACAUAGUUGCUGUUGCCACCAUUUGGAUUGGUGCUAGUUUUUUGGUUCAGUCUGUGGUUCAUUUAGGAGCUUCACCUUUCCUUAUCACAUAUAUAUGCAAUUCGUUGUUCAUCAUUUACAUUCCUAUCUUUGAAAUCGGGUGCUAUGUAGAGGAUAAAUAUGGAAGUUUAUGGUUCUGGAAAAAUAGGAAGAGUGAUAAUAGUAGCUCUUUGAAAGGACUGGGGGAGUUGGAGAUGGCAAACUUACUUGCAGAAGUUGAUUUAAGUGCGAAAGCUGAUGAUCUGGUUCCAUCCACGUCUGUGGAGGAAGGCGACAUAAGUCAGGAUGCAGGAUCUGAAUAUGAGAGUGAAAGUGCUUUGCAUGAUCGGGGUGUAAUGAGUGAAGAUGCUGACAAGGAAGUGGACACAAAGGGGCGUUGGACGAGGAUGAGAGUAGCGAAAGUUAGUCUUCUCAUUUGCCCAUUUUGGUUCUUUGCACAGUUGACUUCCAAUCUGUCCCUAAAGUACACUACCGUCACGUCAAACACUAUCUUGAGCACUUCAUCGAGUCUGUUUACCUUUUUGGUCUCUCUUGCAUUCCUGGGAGAGAAAUUUACCUGGAUAAAGCUGAUUGGCGUUCUUCUUUGCAUGGGAGGCACAAUCAUUGUUAGUGUGGGCGACUCGGAGUCAGCAUCUCCCCGAAGUGACGCUGCUCUUCUUGGAGACAUCCUUGCUCUUGUCUCAGCUGCCCUGUAUGCUGUAUACAUCACCUUGAUUAGGAAGAAACUGCCUGAUGAUGAUGAAAACCAAGGCCAAGCCAGCAUGGUGCAGUUCCUUGGAUACCUGGGCCUGUUUAACCUCCUUAUAUUCCUUCCUGUCGCCCUUGUGCUUAAUUUUGCUAAGCUGGAGCCAUUUACUAACCUUAACUGGAAGGAGACUGGUCUUAUUGUUGGUAAAGGGUUGUUAGAUAAUGUGCUGAGCGAUUACUUGUGGGCCAAAGCCGUUCUUCUGACUUCUACCACCGUUGCAACAGCUGGUCUUUCCAUACAAGUUCCAUUGGCAGCUGUUGUAGAAUCACUGACUGGCAAGGCGCCUCAUCUCAUGGAUUACCUCGGCGCUGUUGCAGUCAUGAUCGGAUUUGCAGGCAUAAUUUUACCUUCUGAUGCUUUCAGCAGAUCAAAAGAAGCCAGUGUUGAUCUUGGAAAUGAAGACAUUGAUGACCAUGACCAUGCUGCUUUGCGUGCUGAUUGCUGAGAAAUUGGAAGCUUGUGGGAAUAUUGUGUUAUAAGUAGAGAAAGAAUUGGCAAGUAUUGGCACAAGGAAUAGGAAUAGAAAAUUUCGCUGAGUAGUUGAAUGGUACACGUGAUAAUGAAGGAGCUCUCUCAUAGUUGGUCUCUCUGUUUUUCUUCUCUAGUUGAUCUAAGUUCUCUGAAUUACUCGUCGUGCAUCCAAACCAGACAUAUGUAAAGAUGAGCUGUGAUUCACGACUA